CAUGCGCAGUGUCACUGACUGCUCAGUCAAACUCGGACGCAGCAAACGGCAGCAUGGUAAAAGAAUAACAAUCUUUAAAAAUCGAAACUAACGAAUUCUUGAACUGAAAGGUUAUUUUCAAAGUUUUUAAAGAAACUCUGGGCGUGUUUGAGUGCUUGGAUGUUUGGCCGGUCGGUGUGUAAAGUGGGUUUCAGUGAAGUUUCUGUAUUUCUGUGGAGUACCGUUCGGCUUAUUAUUGGGAAACUCACGAUCUGCAACGACCGGCUUCAGAUGUUCGAAACUGGCCAUGGUAAUCUGAAGAGUUCCGUUUGCUGCAGUACUCUACGGGGAUGACACGGGAUCUUAGCCUUGGCUCAUGAUGUCUCAGUCGGCGCUGGGGCUCGGCGGCGAGCGGCGCUACUCCGUGCCCUCCAACCCGCUAGUCCACGACCCGCGCGGCAUGCACUCCGAGGACCUGCACGCGUGGUCCAUCUACAGACAAAAUCUGAACUCUGAUUUUACGGACAGCGCGCUGGGAAGCACCGACAAGAGCCCUUUGCCUUAUGGAAACUUCCAGCUGAGAGAUACUACUGUCCAGUCCAUCCUGUCCCAUCCCAGAUAUGGACCCAAAUCAGCGCUUGGUUCGAACAUGUACACGUAUCUCAAAUUCGGACUGCCGCGAGUGUUUCCACCGAACCACAACGGCUCACAGCGCUCUGGGACGCCAAAACCGAAGACCUCGAUUGGCAGUGGAAUGAAACCGGUACCCAGGAUCCAAAGGCAAAGCAGAGGAAUACGCGAGACAUCAUCAGGCUACGACAGUUCAGACAAUGAAACCUCUACGAACUACAAAUAUAGCCGCAAAUACCGUUCGGAUCCUGAUUUUAGAAUGCAACACUUGCACACAUCCUAUCAACCUCAGGGUGGCCCUGGCGUACCAUUAGUAGCCAUGCAGCAGGCAGGCCUCAGAAAUGAGCCCCAUUGGACCAACUCUAGAAAUAAGUCCGUCAGCGAGGCCAAUCUGCUUGGCAUAGAGGCCCGACCACACCGCCCCUCUUAUAGCCAUCGGAGGAACAGUGUAGCUGAUUUCGUGCCUGAUAAUGACCAUCAGAGUUACUUGAUGGCAGCAUCCCACCUUGGAGGUCGAAUGUCGAAAGCCGGCAGUCACAUGUCUUUGGCGCAGUCCAGGAAACAGUCCACCCUACGGCCCGGGGACCACUUAGAUGGAUACACGCAUUCCGCUUACAUUUACCCCAACUAUUAUGUUAAUAGUUUAGAAAUAACUGCACCGGACAACAAAUCUGCACUGCUCGUGUCUGGGCUCAGCUUCGAGGUGAAGUCGGGCGAGAUCCUCGCGGUGUUGGCCACGUCGCAGCACGAGGCCACGGGCCUGUUGGAUGUCUUGGCUGGUGUUAGGAAGAAACUAACAGGCGAUAUAGUCCUCAACGGUCAGCCUGUGGCGUCAUCAACGCUUCGUAAAGUAGCAGCCUACGUGCGAAAAGACACGUCUCUCUGUCCCUCCAUGACGGUGGAACACACACUGCGAUUUCACGCGGCGCUGCGGCGGCCGAGGAACAACCAGCACCAGGUCAAGAUGGAUGAUAGAGAUCGGAUAAAUUGGCUAAUAGAAGAGCUGGGUCUCGACCAAGUCCGAGACACGAACGUGGCCCGUCUAACAAGAUCCGAGAUCAGGAGGCUCAACGUCGCCUGCCAGUUAUUGCUCGACACGGCCAUCCUGAUCCUGGAUCAGCCUACGAAGGAGAUGGACAUCUUCGACACCUUCUUCCUGGUGGAGUAUUUGAGGAACUGGGCGAGCGGCGGGCGCGUUGUGAUCAUGUCGUUACACCCGCCGACUUAUGAGAUCUUCGCUAUGCUUACAAAGGUGGUCUUAAUAUCCGCUGGUAGAACGAUGUUCAGCGGCUACAGAAGAGACAUGUUGCCAUAUUUCGCUUCUAUCGACUAUCCUUGUCCCGCCUUCAAAAAUCCUUCUGAUUAUUAUUUGGACCUAGUAACGCUGGACGACCUGUCGGCGGCGGCCAUGUUGGAGUCGUCGGGGCGCAUCGAGGCGCUGGCGGGGCUGUUCGCGGGCGCGCAGGCGCCGCCCGAGCCGCCGCCGCCCGUGCCGCUGCCCGCGCCAAUCGCCCGCCCCAACGUCGCAGUGCAGGCGUUCGCUCUUAUAGAAAAAAGUUUGGUGUUCACUCAAAUGACGACGUUGUCGAAUGUGGUAACGCGGGUGCUCAUCGCAGCCAUCAUGUCGCUCAUCACGGGAACCAUCUUCUGGGAUCUACCCACCACUGACGCGAAGUUAACGCAAAACGACCGAGUCGGAUACCACUACUCUGUGAUGUGCCUAAGUCUAUGUCCACUGCUCAUGUGGCUCACCGCACGGGAAGCCAGCUCUAUGAGAAGACACGUAGAAAGAGAUGUUGCCGUGCCGUUAUACUCUCGAACCGUAUUUAUACUUUAUGAUCAAUUUCUGGAGCUAUGGUCGGCUGUGCUGACAUGGUUCGCGUACCUCGUGCCGAGCUACGCCAUGAGCGGCCUCUACGCCCAGACUCCGGGGUCUUUCGACGGAUUCUAUAUUUAUUUAGGUUACACCGCGCUGUAUCUAAUAGCAACCCAGAUGAUGUUCCGAGCCUUCGUUUUCCUCGUGCCGAUGGAGAAGACGGCCACAAUCCUGGCCGGUUUCUGCUUCCUGCUCAGCACAUUCGCCAACGGGGUGAUGCUGCACCAGCAGGACUUGCCGCAGUACUGGCGCUGGCUGGCGUACGUGUCGCCCUCGAGGUGGACGCUGCCGGAGAUCCUGAUGAAGGAGCUGAGCGAAACUGCCUUGAGGACGAGCAUUAGUAAAGAGAUGAGGUGUACUAAUAAACAGAGACCGUAUAACGACAUCAUAGUACAGUCCCAAUGUCCACCGCCAAACGGCACCCAAGUCCUUUCCAACUUCGAGUACCUCCGCGCCGACUACAUCUGGGAGUGGUCAGAAGAGAGCUUCCUAAUAGCCCUGGCCAUCUUUUAUGCGGUCUUCGCUGUGAUCGCGCUUUUGGCUUUUGUGUGCGACUGUACCAAGUACGUCAGGAGAAAGGAACGAAACAGCUUCAAAGGGCACAAGGUUACUGUUAAUACUCCUUGAAAAUAGUACUUUGACUUUUAUGUAAUGAGA